GAUUUUGAUUGUUUAAUAGAUGGAUAUUCGUAGCUCCGAUGUGAAGUUACUACCUACCUACCUACCUACCUACCCACCUACUUAAGUGCUUACAUAUAAUACAACAUUGUACUUGCAUGUAGUAAAUACAGCACAUCUACUUGUCAACUCUCUUCAAUUGCACAUAAUGAAGACCUUGAGAGUCCUCGCCAGAGCUAGGAAUGGCGUACCUACACUUCGAGUUCCUACACAGCAGAAUCGACUAUUCACUCGCAUAGCUUCCUCAGCUUCAGCUGCCACACGUAGUUCUUCGGCUACUUCUUCGGCACCGAUAAUAUCCCCACAAACAUACCCUUCCCGACUGAGAUUGCAAGGCCGUAGAAGCUAUGCUUCGAACUCGGAAGCCGAGCCUCAAACCCUCGGCAAGACGUCACUCUACGACCUUCAUGUCGCCCGCGGCGCCAAGAUGGUCCCAUUCGGUGGCUACUAUAUGCCGGUGCAAUACGCCAACCAGAGCGUCAUUACUGAGCAUACCUUCACACGAACCCACGCCUCGCUCUUUGACGUCGGCCACAUGGUCCAACACCGCUUCAACGGACCCGGCGCCCUCGCCUUCCUCCAGCGCAUCACCCCCGCCAGCCUCGAGCCCCUCCCUUCCAACUCCAGUACCUUGAGCACGCUGAUGUGGCCUCAAUCGGGCGGCAUUGUCGACGACACUAUCAUCACGAAGCUAGGUCCCGAGUCCUUUUACGUCGUCACCAAUGCCGGCUGCAGGGACAAGGACCUCGCGUACCUCAAGGAGCAGCUUGAGCUGUGGAACAAGGACGGAAAGGGGCUUCCGGUAGAGCACACGGUGCUUGAGGGCCAGGGCCUUGUCGCGCUGCAGGGACCUGCCGCAGCCGCGUACCUCACGCCGAUUCUAGCGAACCCCCAGGAAGCCGAUCUAUCCACUCUAUUCUUCGGGCAGUGCCGCUCCGUCAGCGUCAAAGUCGAUGGCGGGAACCGGGUGGUGCCCGACGUGCUGGUCAGCCGCGGCGGCUACACCGGCGAGGACGGCUUCGAGAUCUCGAUCCCGGCCGCCGACACCGUCGCCGUGACCGAGGCCCUGCUACAGGUAUCCUCGCUGCCCGAGAAGCUGCGGCUCGCCGGCCUAGGCGCACGCGACAGUCUGCGCCUCGAGGCGGGCAUGUGCCUGUACGGCCACGACCUAGACGACAGCACGACGCCCGUCGAGGGCGCGCUGAGCUGGAUCAUCGGCAAGGACCGCCGGUCCGAGACGGACGUCGCCAAGGGCGCCUUCUACGGCGCCCACGUCGUGCUCCCGCAGCUCAAGACGCGCAAGAACGGCGGCACGGGCGUCGAGCGCCGGCGCGUGGGACUCGUUGUUGAAAAAGGCCCACCAGCGCGCGAGAGCGCCGAGAUCGUCGACGCGGAGGGGAACAAGGUCGGCGUGGUGACGAGCGGGUGUCCUUCCCCGACGCUCGGGGAGAACAUCGCCAUGGGCUACGUCAAGGAUGGCUUGCACAAGGCUGGCACGGAGCUAGAGGUCCUGGUCCGUGGCCGCAAGCGCAAGGCUACGGUCACGAAGAUGCCGUUUGUGCCGUCGAAGUACUAUAAGGGUGCGAAAUAGGGGAUACGGGAUGCGUGACUUUGACUUGGGAGGGAAGAGUGGGGAGGGAGCGCAUGAACACCCUCUCCCCCUUUAUUUCUAGGAAAAAGGAUGAAAAUCGUGAUAUGAUAUGGUGGUAUAAGUACCUGGGUGGGUAGGCACCUAGGCAUAUUUGGGAUGGGAAUGACAUCUUUUUUUCUGGGACACUUCAACACAAAAACAUUGCCUGGCGUCGGGGGAAUCUUAUUAUUUGGCGGUGCCGAUGAGUCGAGACGAGACAGGAUGGGACGAGAUGGAAGUAAAUAAAGGCAGAGAGAGAGAAGAUAAGUGGAUGAAAUACCUAAGAUGUAUAGAUAGAUAGAUUACUUAGAUACCUUCAACGAUGAUCUAAUGUAGACUUUAUCACCUUGUAUAGCUGACUCGUUUUCUGUGUGUAUGUGUGUAUGUGUGUCUCUGUAUGUGUGUGUAUGUGUGUAUGUGUGUGUGUGUGUGUGUGUGUGUGUGUGUGUGUGUGUGUGUGUG